GCCCUCCUGUCCUCCGUCCCUCUUUCUCUUUGGUUCCUCCCCUCGUCCAAAGAGGAAGAGAUCUCUGCGGGUCUUCGUUUCCGUCGCCUAGGGUUUCUCUCCCUGCUCUUCUUGAAUUCCGUAUAUCCUCUCCUCUUUUCUUGGUCGAAUCCUAAUCCGUUGGUUUUCGCGAAAAAGGUCAGUAUUUGGUGGGAUUUUUGAUAGGGAUUUGGGGAGUUUGGUUGGAUCGGGUUGUUGUUGGGGGACGUGGAGUUUGGAGGGUAUUAGAGUUAGGAGAUCUUUAGAUUUCUUCUCUGUUUUUCGUUUUUUCCGUUGUUUUUGGUUGAUCUGGCUAGGUGUGUAGAUUGGAAAAACGAUCAAGAGGCUCCGUGAUAUUUUUGGUGCUGUUUUUUUGUUUGCUAUCGAAAAUUGAGGGCUUGCCAUCUAGGGUUCUAUUCCAUUAGAUAGAGAAGCAAGAAAAAAAAACCAGCAAUAUUUAGAUUAGCUUGAACGGAAAAAAAGGGGAAAACACUAGUUAUUGGUUCGGAAAAAUAGAUUUCUUUUUGGUUUCUCUGUUUUUUUUUUUGAAAAUAUAAAUCCGGUUGUCUUCCUGUUUUAGAAGGUCAGAAGAUUUGGUACAGGAGAAAUCAGAAGGGAAAACAGCUAGGGUUUCUGUUUGGCUUCGAUAGGAGUAUAGGAUGACCUUAAAUUUCUCAUCGUAUUCUGUAUUCCCUGCUUCAAUCCGUGCGGAUGAGGAUUUUGGAUCCGCCAGAUGUGAUAGGAGUGCUGAAGGAUUCGAUAAGCCCUUCUGGUCGGGCCGGGGGAUCGAGAAUCCUUGUGGCACUGGAGGGGAUGGAGGGAGGGCUGACAGGAAUGGUUCUUGUGAUCCUGUCGAUCUUUUGCCGUCAGACCCCUUCGGGAUGGAACUGAGCACCACUUUGGGCAACACUUUCACUGCGAUCGCCGGCUUGAUCGAAGAUUUCAGCGUGAAUUCUGGUGAUCACAGGGUGGGAAGUGGUGCUGUCUUCGAAGGUCUGAAUUAUUAUUGGGUGUCUUCUUCUGCAGCACAGCUGAACUAUGGAGGCGCCUAUGAUGGUUGGGUAGGGGAAAGAUCCUUGGGAUCAUUGGGACAUGAGGCUGAAAAUGGAGUUUUUAAGCAUGCUGUAGAUGCGAAGGAGUUUUCAGACUCCGGGGAUGCUGAAGUAGAUCAUUCUAGUGGAGGAGAUGAGGGUGCCCCACAUGAGGGUUUGCUCUUUGCGCUCGGCUAUCUGGGUGUUCGGGAUCUCCUCUCAGUCGAAAGGGUCUGCAAGUCGCUGCAUUUGGCGGUUCAGAAUGAUCCUCUCUUGUGGAGAAGCAUCUUAAUAGAUUCUUCUUUAAGUGAGAAGAUAACUGAUGAUGAUCUUUUGCAGCUAUCAGAGAGAGCUCAGGGGAACCUACAGUCCUUGAGCCUUAUUGGUUGCUCGAGGAUCACGGACGAUGGUCUGAAGCAUGUGCUUGAGAAUAACCCAAGGCUAAGAAAGUUGACUGUUCCUGGAUGUGUGAGGCUUAGUGUAGUGGGCCUCAUUAAUGCCCUGAAGGUUGUUAAGUCUUCAGGUAUGCCAGGGAUAAAACACCUUGAACUUGGUAGGCUUUUCAGUGUAUCACAAGAACAGUUUGAAGAGCUGAAAUUCUUAUUAGGCAUUGACCAACUUCAGCAGCCGAAAUCUCGCAAGCCUCGGUUUUAUCACCUUAGCCGUUCUUCUCUGGCCUGUGAUGAUGAGCGUGCCAUUGAUAUUGAGAUGUGCCCAGAAUGUCAGAAGUUUAAGCUUGUCUAUGACUGCCCUUCAGAACACUGUCAUGGUGAAGUAUCCAAGAAGUGUAGGGCUUGUGAUGUUUGCAUUCCGAGGUGUAUCCAGUGUGGGAAGUGCAUCAAAGACUGCAAAUAUGUUGAGACUUUUUGUCUUGAAUAUCUUUGUUCAGGCUGUUGGAAGCACCCAGCCAUGAUUCCAGAAAGCAUGGAGAAGUAAAGUGGCUCCAAUGCGCAUCUUGUCAAGUAAAGCAUGAUAUCAUUCGCUAUGUUCUUCAACUGGAAGCUGAACUUAUUAUUUGGUUGCAUAAUACACCACUAGGAAGUUCUGAGUUGAGUGCCAUGUUAGCUUUUGUUCUUUCUUGGUCUACCAGUUUGGGAUCUAGCAGCUUUGCAUUGGCAAGAAUUUGGAUGUGCCUGAGCUCCACGUUGUGAUAUCUGCCUCCUGAUCCUGGUCAUCAUGGCUUUUACCUUUUUCUAAAAAAAAUAUGAAAAAAGAAAAAAAGAACAAAAAAGGGAAAAAAAUUAAAAGGAACAUAUAGAUGCGAAGAGGAGAGGAAAAAAAGGCAAAAAAGGAACAAAGAGGAAGACGAGAGGGAGAUAAACAGGUAUCUACUCAUAAUUGUCAACUGGAUUUGGCCUCGAGAAUGUAUGGCUGGAGCUUGUAGCUGAUUGCCAGGGUAACUUGGCUUCAAUAUUGGGUUGGGUUGCAAUUGAGACUGGCACCGUGCUGAAGAUAUUUUGUGUUCAUGCCACAGCUAUCCUUUUCUUCUUAAAGAUGUUUCAUCCAUGCCUAUAGAUCUGCUAUAUCCAGUGAACAUGAAGUGCUUAUGCAAAAUUGGCUGUGGAGUUGAGACCUUAUUGGCUCUGCCCUGUGGAUUUUGAUAGUUCACAUAUGUUAUGCCUUUAUCACAGAGAGGAGAACAAGAGUUAUGGUUUAGAUGCACAGAAUCCUUCGUCGGAAAUUUCUACUGAGUUCUAAGCAAUGGUUUGGAGUACAUAACAAUAGGCAUAGCAGAGCCAUCUCUUCUACUUUGGUUACAGGAUUAAAGAUCUACGACUUAUGGAGGCCUUGCUAGUUUGUCCUCAUUCUAUGUAAGAAACAGCGGUUUUUGAUUAUUCUUGUGGCUUUUGUUUCUGAUAUAAUGCCAAAAAUAUGAGGACUACUAAUUCUAACAGUUACGUUCUGUUUUUUUUACUGGUAUAUAGUUGAAUAAAAUGUUUCUGAUGACUAUGCUCUAAGAUUUAACUAA